CACGCCUAUCAUAUUGUGGCAAACACAUGCAGCGCUUUUGCAGCAAUUUGUAAAUAUACAUGGUCUCUGUGGAAAUAUUUGCACUAAUUCCUUAUCGUUUGUGAUGUUUUAAAUUGAAUCGUAUUGGCAGCGGUAAAACGAAGCCGUAGGCUGAUACAGAAUUCCAGCCUUCUAUACAUGUUUGAUUAUUAGCUGAUAACCCUUGACGUAGAAUUACACUGGUAUAUGAAUGUGUGUACUGUUUAUACGUACGUAGUUCAAUUGAUGGAACCGAUUAAUAAUAACGUGCAGCAAAAACAGAAAUUGAAUACCUUGGUACGAUUGUGUAAAGUGAAUUCGAGCUCUAAGAAAACCUGUUGACUUCAAAUCAGUUUCGUGGAUGUGAUUGUUACCAUGCCGAUUUUACGUUAUUAUUCAACGCACACAUGGAGCGAUCCGUGCAAAUUAAGAAUAUUGGCGCAAUUAACACAAAUUUCUGGCGAUAUUUCUUCGGUGGAAGUAGAGAGAUGCUAUCAUGUAGAAUCAACUAUUCCAAUUAAAACUGAUACACAAGAAGAUUAUCUACUGCGAUGGUUACUUAAGGAGCCACAUGCCGAAAUAUCUUCAUUACAGAACAAAAGCUUCUUUGUUAGCCAACCUCAAGCGUGGCUGAUUGAAAUAGGCCCGCGAUUUAAUUUCUCAACUGCUUUCUCCACAAACUGUGUCAAUAUAUGUCGAAAUGUUGGCUUGAGUCAUGUAAAUCGCUUAGAGAUGUCCAUCCGCUAUCUCGUUAGGCUUAAUUCAAUUCAGGUGCUGACAGAAAAAUUGAGGUCACAAAUCGUGGAUUUGUUUGGUGAUCGCAUGACCGAAUGUGAAUAUACUAGCGAGAAUUUACCAAUAAAUAGUUUUAAUGAACAGCUGCCGAAAUGUGAUAAGCCUUGGUAUCACGUGCCUAUUUUAUCGGUUGGCCGACAAGCGCUGGAGAAGGUGAACUCGGAACUGGGCCUCGCGUUUAGCGAAUGGGAUAUGGAUUAUUAUGCUCAUCUUUUUAAGGAAGUUUUAAAACGAGAUCCCACCACAGUGGAACUUUUCGACUGCGCUCAAAGCAAUAGUGAGCAUUCGCGUCAUUGGUUUUUUCGUGGAAAGAUGAUCGUCGACGGAGAAGAAAAACCUGAGUCUUUAAUAAAAAUGAUAAUGAAUACCCAAAAUCAUACCAAUGCUAAUAACACUAUUAAAUUCAGUGACAAUAGUAGCGCCAUACGCGGCUUUAUACAUAAAUCAAUAAGGCCGAAAAAAUGUGAUAUGUCCAGCUGCGUACACUUAGUAACCACCGAAUCGGAUUUGAUUUUCACAGCAGAAACACAUAACAUGCCAACGGCAGUUGCGCCAUUUAGUGGAGCUACCACCGGCACCGGUGGUCGCCUUAGGGAUGUACAAGGUGUUGGGCGUGGUGGUGUGCCCAUUGCUGGAACGGCUGGAUAUUGUGUUGGCUGCUUAAACAUUCCAGGUUAUGCGCAACCUUACGAGCAGAAAAGCUUUGGAUACCCUGCAUCUUUUGCUAAACCACUUAAAAUUUUAAUUGAGGCAAGUAAUGGAGCAUCGGAUUACGGCAAUAAGUUUGGUGAGCCUGUAAUUGCUGGUUUCGCAAUUUCCUAUGGUCUUGAGGACUGUUGUGGUGAACGUCAAGAAUAUGUAAAACCUAUUAUGUUUAGUGGCGGUAUGGGUAUUAUGGAUUCAACAAUGCGUCAAAAACUUGAUCCAGAGAAAGGAAUGUUGUUGGUGAAAAUAGGCGGACCAGUCUAUCGAAUAGGUGUUGGUGGCGGAGCUGCCAGUUCUGUAGAAGUGCAAGGCUCAAGUAGUUCUGAUUUGGACUUUAAUGCCGUUCAGCGUGGUGAUGCCGAAAUGGAGAACAAAUUAAAUCGGGUCGUGCGUGCGUGCAUAGAAAUGGGAGAAGAUAAUCCGAUACUAGCAAUACACGACCAGGGUGCUGGCGGCAAUGGUAAUGUUUUAAAGGAAUUGGUGGAACCUGGAUUUGCAGGAGCUAUAAUAUUUUCCAAGGAAUUUCAAUUGGGUGAUCCUACAAUCAAUGCCUUAGAGUUAUGGGGUGCAGAAUAUCAGGAGAACAAUGCGCUAAUUUGCAAGCCCGAACAUCGAAAACUGCUAGAAGAUAUUUGCUUGCGAGAGCGUUGUCCAAUUAGUUUCAUUGGCGUUGUUAGUGGAAAUGGCAGAGUGACACUAAUUGAGAGUGAAGCUCAGUUUGAACGUGCUUUGGAAUUUGCUGAUGAUCUUAAUUCAUUCGGCUCUAUUCCGUUUGAUCUAGAGUUAAAGCAUGUACUUGGAGAAAUGCCGAAACGAGAAUAUAAAUUGGAGCGCACCCCAGUAAUGCUGCAACCUUUGUCGUUAAGCCGGGUUUUUAAUAAAGAUGAAUGCUUGGAGCGCGUUCUAAGCCAACUUGCAGUAGGUAGCAAACGAUUUCUUACUAACAAGGUUGAUCGAUGUGUAACCGGGCUUGUUGCACAACAACAGUGCGUGGGUCCCUUGCACACCCCCUUAGCCGACUACGGUUUAACCGCAAUUUCUUACUUUAGUAAUGAAGGCAUAGCAACUUCGAUAGGCACCCAACCUAUAAAAGGCAUUUUAAGCGCAUCUGCCAUGGCGCGUAUGUGCGUAGCAGAGGCACUAUCUAAUUUGGUGUUUGUAAAAAUUACCGAGUUGGCAGAUGUAAAAUGCUCUGGAAAUUGGAUGUGGGCUGCUAAAUUAUCCGGAGAAGGCGCUCGUUUAUAUGACGCUUGCAAGGAAAUGUGUCAGAUAAUGCAAGAACUGCACAUUGCAGUUGACGGAGGAAAGGAUUCCCUUUCCAUGGCUGCAAAAGUAAACGAUAAAACUGUAAAAUCGCCAGGUACCCUUGUGAUUUCCACUUAUGCACCGUGUCCAGAUAUUACCGUGAAGGUCACGUCAGAUUUAAAAGGACCUGCACUUGGUCAACAAACAGCGCUGGUGUGGAUCAACAUUGAAAACAAGUUUCGUCUGGGUGGAUCUGCACUGGCUCAAGCGUAUUUGCAGCAAGGUGACGAGUGCCCGACAGUGUUGCGAAGUGAUAUUCUUGAGAAAGCAUUUAUCAUUACCCAAAGUUUAUUGCAGCAACGCAAGCUCCUGGCUGGCCAUGAUAUCAGUGAUGGUGGUCUCUUAAUAUGUUUAUUAGAAAUGGCAUUUGGAGGUUUAGGUGGAAUUCAAAUUCAGUUAAACAAUGUAAUGAACCAAUUGAAGAAUGCUCAUAUCGAUAAAGCCGCCGAAAUGAUCGGUAAACCGGAAUUGGCUGUCCUAUAUGCUGAGGAGUGCGGAUGGGUUAUUGAGGUUCCAAUGAAUCUGCUGCCUGAAGUACAAGCUGCUUAUACUAACGGUGGGGUCCCAAACUACUAUCUGGGAGUAACAUCUGGACAUGGUCUAAAAUCCAACAUAUGCAUUAAAAAUCAUUCCGAAAUAAUACUUGAAGGAGAUAUUAAAACACUUUUGAAAAAAUGGGAAAGAACCAGCUUUGAAAUAGAAAAGCUGCAAGCUAACCCAGACUGUGCUUUGGAAGAGUACAAUUCGUUGGAUUAUCGUUCUGCUCCAAAAUAUUAUUGCAGUCUUGACUUGAAUGCGGAAAUCAUUGCUUGCCGGGCAACAAAAAUUGUCACAGUUGCUGUAAUUCGUGAAGAAGGUGUAAACAGUGACCGAGAAAUGAUGGCAUCUUUAAUAAAAGCUAAUUUCGAGGUUCACGAUGUAACCAUGUCGGAUUUACUGAGUGGAAAAACCACUUUGGAUCGGUACCGCGGCAUAGUAUUUCCGGGAGGCUUUAGCUACGCCGAUACUUUGGGUUCGGCUAAAGGUUGGGCCGCUAACAUUAUGUUCAGUGAUUUGCUUGCUCCGCAAUUUCAGGCUUUUAAACGACGAAAUGAUACCUUCUCCCUGGGCGUGUGCAAUGGCUGUCAGCUUAUGGGCUUAAUUGGAUGGGUGGGACUUGACGACUCAUCUAACAAACAAGUUAUUGAUGUGCCAGACGUUGCCGUACUACACAACAAAUCUGAACGGUUUGAAUGUCGGUGGGCAACCAUUCGUGUCGAGGAUAGUAAUUCAAUGAUGUUACGUAAAUUGAAAGGCUCUAUUUUGGGUUGUUGGAUAUCUCACGGCGAGGGUAGAUUUUCAUUCCGUACCAACGAAGUUUUAGAUUCAUUAAAAUCAAAUCGCUGUGUUGCCAUAAGUUAUGCCAAUGACGAUGGCAAACCAACGGAAUUAUAUCCAUUGAAUCCAAAUGGAAGCGUGGACGGCAUAGCUGGUCUGUGCUCCGAGGACGGCCGUCACUUGGCAUUAAUGCCACAUCCAGAACGGUGCAGUGCCAUGUUCCAAUGGCCCUAUGUGCCAGCUGAUUUUAAAGUUAACUCUAAAGAGAGCCCAUGGCAAAUAAUGUUUAACACGGCCUAUGAUUGGUGUACGAAAGCAUAGAAUGUACAACUGAUAUCGAAUACUACUUCUACAAAUAAAGUGAUGAAAAAUUAAAAGAAAUUAAUUUGUAUCAAUUUAGAGUUUUAAACACAAA